CGGGUCCCCAGAGGCGUGAGAGCGGCCACUGCAAGGAGCCAUUGGACAGAAAGUAACAACACUGAACCCCACAUAGGAAAUACCCCCUUUUAUCCCAGUCAAGAGGACCAUUCAGGUUCCAGAAAGGGAGUGACAGCUCAGACUGCCAGGAUGAGCCACAGUUCUUCAGGAGCCCCAGGAAACCCCUCUUUCCUACCUGAGACAAAUGCGGACGGGAGAAACACAUCUUCCAGAAAAGCAAACAUCACUGUUCUGCAGGCUGGACACUCACCUGAGAUCACCACGGCCCUGACCGCCCACGGCAGCUCCUUGUCCUUGGACAGCCUUCCCCAGUCACCCAGCAGUUCCAGGUUAGAAGGAAGAAUCACCUCUCCUCAAAACCAGAGUGGAAUAUCCCCAAGCUUCCUGGAGAGGGUGAGGGAGCACCCAGAAGAAGGGACUGUGCACACACACGUGGCUGGCACUUGGGUUUCCAGCCAAGCCUCCCUUCCUGCUUUGAAACUUGGGGAGCCAACCGUGCUCUCCCAGAAGAGAAAUUCAUCAGGCCAGGAGCGUUCCAGGCAGCAAUCCUCUUGGACCCAGAGCCGACUGCCUCCCUCAGACCAUCCUUCGUCUUCUGAAAGUAUAAAGAAUGUUAACAACUCCACUGAUCUCCAGAGCCCAUCAGUCACCCAGACCAAGAGUACACAUGUCACCAACACAUUCACUAAUGGUGUCCCAAGAAUGCUCCGGUCUUUGACUGUCAGUGUGGAACCUAUAAAUGAGACAGAGGGUUUCCCUGAGCAUUCCAGAAUUGCCAUAACUUCAGCCUCAGUCCAUUCUUCACCCUCUGUGGUUGACUCAAGGACAAACAGCAGACUAACUGAGAGUCUGGGAGAUGGAGAAGGCCUUGAGCCAUCUACAGAAAAUGGACUUGGACUUCCAUCCCUACACUGGCAAAGUGAUUCCCCCACCUUUGGAGGCCAUCAGCUUGCCAGCAGCUCGGAACCGGGAGACGGAAGUGCCAUGCCUCUGACUAAGACGGUGCUUAGGUCAGUCCCCUCCAUUGGUGGUGGAGCGAGCACAGGACAGUGGUUCCCCAGCGAGAGCAGAACAUCUACAGAUACAGCAGAAAGCUCAGCUUUGCAUCUAGACGCCGGCAGCACCCGGGGUUUGACUCAGUUGGCACAAACUGCACAACAGCCCCGAGAUGGUGGCUCGGGGUUGGGUGGGAAGAGUUACUCAGAAUCUUCAUCUACAUCUUCCUCAGAAAGUCUGGAUUCCUCAGCACCACAUGGAGGACAUUCAACUCCAGAAGAUGGUGCACUGCUGAGUGAUAGCUCAGACCUGGCAGAAAGCACUUCUGGGGCACGUGCCCCGCACACGCACACGUCUGCGAUGCUCACCCGGAGCGGGGAACGCACACUGCGGUCCCUUGACCUCUCGCGCACCGCGACCGGCCCCGCACACCCCACUCCUCGUGGAAACGUGACAGAGCACGCAGGCCUGCUGUCCCGGGCACCUACCCUUGGAGUCACUGGACUUAGCGAUAGUCAAGAGCGUGGCUCAGAAGCUGAACAAAGGACCUCCAGUGGCCACACAGACCACGCCUAUGUUUCAUCUGCCUUCACCAAAGGAGAACGGGCGUUACUGUCCAUUACAGAAAACUCUUCCUCCUCAGACACCAGCGAGAGCUCAACCUCUUCCAUUAAGAUCUCAGACUCUCCACACUUAGACCUUUCUUCUUCUCAGGCUGAAGGAAGUAACGUGUCCUCCUAUGAUGGCGAACCUGCUCGCUCUUCCACUGAAUCACUGGUUCUGCAUACAUCCAGCCUUCCAUCCUAUACAUCCACCAUUAAUGUUCCAGACAAUGUGGUUCUUGAUGCCAGUACUGUUGAGGACCCAUCUGAUUCAGGGGCUCCAUCACCUGUCCCCUCAGUGUCACAACCCUACCAGUUUUCAUCAACCUUAACAUCAACCAGGUCUCCCAAACAGCAGCUAAAGUCUACCUCUGAGACAGCCAUGCCUUCGUCAUCCUCACUGUCACCUUUACCCAUCUCCUUAAUGGUGUCAACCCUUGCCCCACCCUCUGUCGCACAAACAGACUUCCCACACUCAUCUUCCACCCUAGUCCCACACAGGGCAAGGGAGCCACGUGUAACAUCAGUCCAGAUGUCAACAAUGGAAUCAGCCAUAGCAGUGUUCCCCAGGAACCAAACAGCAGGCACCAAGAAUCAGAGUGCCCCACAGCAAGAGAAAACCAUCACAGAAACCAAGUCACCAAGCCUGGCGUCUCUGCCCACAGACCCUCCCAAAGCAGUAACGAUGAGCCUUCCUCCAGGAACCCCCUGGUCCCCAGCCUUGAUGGGGGUCUCCACAGAGCCAGCCCUUCCAGCCACAAGUACUAUCUUAGCCCAGAUGUCUCCAGCUUUGACGUCUUCCAUUCCCCAGACUACUCACGCUCCUGUGACCAGUCCCAGCACCCUGUCAAGCACAGAAGCUUUGACCACAGGCACCACCGUCAUUGUGCACACCACCCCUGAGAAACAGCACCAGCCAACCAACCCUGAAAUUCUAGUGCUGCCAACCUCAUCAGAAGGGGCCGUCACCACAGAAGGGAACCGGGUGCAUGUGGCUCCUACCACUCCUUCUAUUCCUCUGUCUACUACACUCACAUCAGCAGAAAUGACCACAAAGCUCAGCCAGACAGACGAGGCCAGCCCGGUUUCACAUUUUCUCAGAACACCUUCACCUCAAACUACAGAUGUUUCUACAGCUGAAAUACUGACUUCCAAAUACACCACCUUCGCUGCUCAGAGCACCCCACAGUCACCAGCAGCGUUGUCCCCUCCAACCCCAGUCAACAGCUGUACCGUGAACCCUUGUCUUCAUGAUGGUGAAUGCAUCGUGGACCUCACCAGUCAUGGGUAUAGAUGCGCAUGCCCACCUGCCUGGCAAGGGGACAACUGCAGUGUGGAUGUGGAUGAAUGCCUCUCGAGCCCCUGUCCGCCCCUAGCCAUGUGCAACAAUACUCAGGGAUCUUUCACCUGCAGAUGCCCAGUCGGGUAUCAGUUGGAGAAAGGAAUAUGCAAUCUGGUUAGAACCUUCGUGACUGAGUUUAAAUUAAAGAAGACUUUUCUCAAUACUACUGUGGAAAACCAUUCUGACAUUCACGAGGUUGAAAACGAGAUCGUUCAAACAUUAAACUUGUGUUUUUCAACGUUGCCUGGUUAUAUACGCUCUACGGUUGGUGUGUCUAGAGAGCCCAGUACACUGGCAAUCUCACUGCAGUCCACCUUUGCCCUGGCCUCCAAUGUGACACUAUUUGACCUGGCUGAUGGAAUCCAGAAAUAUGUCAACUCCUGCAGGUCCUCUGCUGAAGUCUGCCAGCUCUUGGGGUCUCAAAGGAGAAUCUUUAGAGCCGGCAGCUUGUGCAAGCGGAAGAGUCCAGAAUGUGACAGAGAGACCUCCAUCUGCACCGACCUGGAUGGCGUCGCGCUGUGUCAGUGCAAGUCGGGCUACUUUCAGUUCAACAAGAUGGAUCACUCUUGCCGAGCGUGUGAAGAUGGAUAUAGGCUAGAAAAUGAAACCUGUAUGAGUUGCCCAUUCGGCCUUGGUGGUCUCAACUGUGGAAACCCCUAUCAGCUCAUCACCGUGGUGAUAGCGGCAGCAGGAGGUGGCCUUCUACUCAUCCUGGGCAUCGCACUCAUUGUUACCUGUUGCAGAAAGAGUAAAAAUGACAUAAGUAAACUCAUCUUCAAAAGUGGGGACUUCCAAAUGUCCCCAUACGCCGAGUACCCCAAGAAUCCUCGCUCACAAGAAUGGGGCCGAGAAGCCAUUGAAAUGCACGAGAAUGGGAGCACCAAAAACCUUCUGCAGAUGACAGACCUGUACUACUCGCCCACAAACGUGAGGAACCCUGAACUUGAACGCAACGGACUCUACCCGGCCUACACUGGACUGCCCGGAUCCAGGCACUCAUGCAUCUUCCCGGGACAGUAUAACCCAUCUUUCAUCAGCGAUGAGAGCAGGAGGCGAGACUACUUCUGAGUACGGGAGAGAGAGGGGCCCAUUCCUCUGAGCCACUUCCGCAGACCUCUGGCUCGGAGGACUGUGCCAAAAGGGAGCACCAUGCACUAGCCGCUCCUAGGACUUGUCAGAGCCACACUUGAGGGGCAUGACCACAGUGGAAGGGACAGAUGGAUGCGGAACCGCAGGCCACUCAUUCCGCACUGUUAUUACUGUGAACUCGAGCAUGGGCCAGAACAGAGUCUCUGAAUGUCUGGCAUGUAGACCUGGCUGAUUUCCACGGGAGACCACUAGGCAUCAUUUCUGGGACCCAGUUUCCCCUUAAUUUGCACUUUAAUAGAUUGGGCAGGGAGGUUUCAUUUUUGACUCAUUUCCAGACUAUUCCAGAAAGCCUUCCUUUUCUAGGAUACUUCUCAGUUUGGUGAAUGAUUGGCAGCCAGGUGCUGGCACAUUUGUUUUCCCGCCCGGUGCCUCAUGCUAAACAACAGAUGGAGGUAAACAUACCCCUAUAAUCUAGCGAGGCUGCAUUCGGGGGCAUGGUAUUUUAAGUUGUCUGUGCUCAUUUCCAAACCAACACCCUAAACGAGAACUUGACAUUUACAAGGCACAGCACACAACUUCCAUUUCUUUUGUAAGUCGGGGUGAAACAUUUGCUUACGAUUUAUUAAUUUUACUUCUCCAGGCAAGAAUGAAUCAGGGCAAAAUAACUUUCAUUUGGUAUCAUUUCAUUAGAAGUAUCCAGCUGAACCUUAUUUAAGUCCCAGCAGGCAAUAUCAGACUGGUCCUCUAUAUGGUAGGCUGUCUUUGAUCCACAAGGGGAUAUGGGGCCCCGAGUCUCUGACGCCCUACACCGUGGAGCCGGAGUCUACAGGGAGAGGCGAUCAUAGGUGCAUCUGAGCGUCUCAGCACGGAAGGAAAAGCAGCCUGCUGAAGUCCCCACAGCAGGAUAUGACAGGAAUAGACUCAAUAACAUGACAUAUUUCCUGCAUCACCCAGUGUUUUUGAGAAGCUGCGUAGGGAACUAUGAGGUAAGGGUGUGCCCGCUAAUCUUUGAACCCAUAAUGUUGUCCACAAACUCAUGGAAACUUUUUAACCACUCAAAGUUAUUUACUCACUGAAGAGAAAACUUGGUCAUUUCUCUCACCUGGUCAUCAUUAUGUCUGUGUCCUUGUGCAGUGCCCCCUCGAGACUCAGCUAUGGUCCAAGUUGGCGUUGGAGAACUAAAGACUGGCCAGCUAGGGGGUUGGGAGCUUGCUUUGGGGGAAGGGAGUGCUGUGUCUUGUUUAUUGUAUUGUGACGGGAUCCUGGUGUGUUGUGGGGAGGGGAGCUCUGUCCCCUGUGGCACUUGCUCAUUUAUCAGUUUGUGGAAUACCCUUGAAGCUGGGAAUUCGUGGCAUGUCUUUCUGGAAAUGGGGCAGCUGUCGGAGAUUGAUCUGUGGGUGUUCGUUUGGGGUUCUCUGUUUCCUCCAAAAUUUACGCAGGUCCCCAUCCUGUUUUAAGUGUGCACUGUAUUCCUUGGUGUCCACCACUCGGGACUAUUAGCCAGGUGCAGUGGAUUUCAAUCAUCAAACCACACUCAUUAGUACCGAGAGAGUUCUGUUGCUGUUGGUUGUUGUUGACUUAAGGUUGCAAAGCAUUGCCAUGUAGAAGCCACGGGUCUUACCUCUGUCUGGCUGUGGAACCGAUGGCUUCUGUGUCUUUGUGAGCCCCUGUGCUCAACUUGCCUGAGCCCAGAUCCCUUGUGAGGUAGCCUGGUUCUAGCGCUUCCCUCAAUAUCCCUUGUCCUGGACCUUACUGCUGUGAAAAGAGCCAGUGUGGCAGCUGUUCCCAGACACACUUCUGAAGCCUUCAGCUGGCAUCACAGCUGGUGAGCACCUGACGUAAGGGCCAAAAUCUCAGAGCACCUGUACAAGGCCAGAAACCUCAAGCCCCACACAAUGAAGAUUCCUGGAAAAAGUCCUGUGAAUUCCAAAAAUGUUUGCUGACUCGUGAGUUUGUUCCAAAUAGAGUCGAUUAAGAGUGUUUUGUUUUGUUCUUUUUUACUGUGAAAAAAAAAAAAAUGAGAGUGCCAAGCAAGGGUGAAUUCAUACUUAGUCACCAUCUCGGGGGUCCAGGAAGUUUGAGGUAAAAAGGCUUGAAGCAUUUGUAAAAAGUGACAUGACUUGCCUGGGACUCUCUGCCCACUUUUGGGAGGAAUGGAGUGACUAGGUCUCUCCGACUUGGGGUUAUGUCCAGAUGGAGCCUGGAGAUAGGAUGUCAGCAGCCCAUGAGCAGGGCAGACAGGAUGAACCAAUGCUGGACACAGUGCUCAGAGUCUGUCCCUGUACCCAGAAUGCAUAAUUCAGGUGCAUAGACAUGUCACAGUCUGGCACUAGGGUCCCAUGAUGGAGAUGGGGAGAGAGAAAAAGCUACAGGGCCUAGGAGAUGCAUGUGUGCAGAAGAGACAGGCCAGGCAGAACUUGCUCCUGAGGGACUCAGGAACAGAAAAGAGAAAGGGGGCUUCUCAAACCCAGUCCGAGCUCUGUGUAAACUCCAAGGGGUCCUUUUUUUUUUUUCUAUUUUAUUUUUUGCUCCACAAGCCAGCUCAUAACACUGGGACUUAUCAAUUAGGAGGAUACAUGUCUUCCUACAAUGAGCAUUCAGAGAGGGGCUGGGAAUGUAGCUUAGAUGGCAGAGUUCAUACCUAGCAGGUACAAGCCCUGGGUUUGAUCCUCAGUGUCACACAAACUGGGCAUAGUGGUACAGGCCUGUAAUCCCAGCCCUCAGAAGGUGGAGACCAGAGGACCGUGACAUCAGCAUUUCCUGGAGUACAUAACGCCUGUCUCAAAAGGGAAAAUAUAGUCAGGUUUGUAGUUGGCGAGAUGUAUAUUGGCAUGUGCUUUGGGCUGCCAGAAGUGAAAGGGGGUGGUCUAGAUAGGUUUUUGAUGAGCACAACCAGGCUUAGGUGCCCAUUUGAGGGCUGCCUGCUUUAUUCUCAGAGUGAGGCCAUGGCUCCCACACAUUAGAUGUGUGGACCUGUGGGAGCUGGGAACACAGUUGAGUGUCUGGGGUGCUGAAGGAGCUUCCUUAUUGGGGAGGUUAUUUUUAGAAGCAUUGAAGUCAUGUUGAAGCAGAACUGCUGUAUGAUUGGUGCAGUCAAGCUGCCUGGUGGCAUUUGAGGUCAAAAUUGACAAUUAUGGUCUAGAAGAGGAAGUUGUAAAAGCUGGCCCCUAGAAGAGAGCAGCAUUGUUGGAAGGAGACUGGCUGACGACCAAGAGUAAAGUCUUCAAAGAUGCUGUCUAUCCAAGAGGGAAGUUCCAGAGUGGUCACAUUAGUAUCACCCCAGCACGUGUCUUCCGGGUGCCUCCUUAUGCCACCUUGCCCAGUUGUGAGGUGCCAGGGUCUCUGUAACUGUGGGAUGUGACCUAAAGCAGUAAAACUAUACAGCCAGGUUGCCCUCAGCUAAGUGUCCCAUAAUACACUCAAAACUAGGGGCUUUAUCCAGAGUUGUAAAUUUAUAUUGAUUUUUUUCUUUCAAGACCAAAGCACUUCCUUGGGAAGAACAAUACAAAAUUCUGUGUUUUAGUAUUUUAUUUAAAACAGCCUGUAACAACAAAGAUACUGACAUCUAUACGAAAGCUAUUUUUUUUUUUUUUAAGAAAAGGAUGCACACAUCCUCUCUCUUCUCCUUCCUUUUCCCUUCCUCUCCCUCCUCCUCCUCCUUUUGGAGGAUAGGGCCAGGAAUGGAACCCAGGGCCUUGCACACACCAGGCAAGUGCUUUGCCGUACUGUGUAGAGCUGCAUCACACCUCAGCCCUGUUCCUUCUUCUCCCAUAACAUCAUUCUCAAGGGCUCAUUGGCAUGUCUAGAGACAGAAAUAGUUUUGUAGUUUGUCAUUGGGGGCGGGGAACAAAAGGAACACUGAAGUUAAGAUAGUAAUUUUAAACUUUUUAAAAUAACUGGUUAAAAUAAUAGGAACAUUAAAAUAUUACAUGCAGUCAAUUCCUUGUACUUAAGUAUCUCCACGAGGUUAUACUCCUUUAUGUCUGAUGGAAACUUUAGUUCACAGAAUAACCUAUGAAACCAAAGGGGCACCCUCUAGGUCUGAAAAGAGGCAUGUCCUGGACUGCACCUACCACAUGGGCAUUUUCAAAGAGGGCAUUUCCAAGGGGCUGCCUGGUGGAUUCUCCCAUGUUUUAAAUGAUGGGCUUGAUGCCCAUGUCCUGAAUUGUUGAGAUUGGGGUGAGAAUGGGAGUGGGGUGGAAUUGGUUUGUAAUGGGAACUGAACCCACUCACUUAUCUUUGGGCAUUACCUAGGCCUGUUCUACAGAGAAAAUGACUGUUUCACCACAAGUUGCUGUGAGUUUUGGUGAUAUGUGUGUGUGUGUGUUGCUGGCCUUCCGGUUAAAUGGAAAUGAAGCUGCAAUACGAACUCCAUUUCCCAUUGUCCUGGAUUUUCUUCUGUACUCCUUGAAACCUGACACCCAGGUUGACUGUGUGAAACCCAUCAUGAGAAUGUUAUUUAAAGUUGUAUUAUAAUGUCGCCUCCACUAAUUAUUCAGUACUGUAGCAGCAAAGUAUUAUUUGUAAGAAUUUGGUUAUUUUUAUACUUAUAUCCACUCUAAGUCUGGCGUUCUAGUCAGCAAAAAAAAAAAAUAUGCAAUAAAAUCAAUACCAUUCC